AUGCAAGACUCUUCUCGUCGGGGAUCGCAACGCAAUCUCCGGACACCGGCACCGGAGAGAACCACCGUGAAGAGUAGUAAAAAUGAGCAAAACCUCAAGGGUGUUUCUAAGCAUCCGAAUUAUCGUGGGGUCAGAAUGAGACAAUGGGGAAAAUGGGUGUCUGAAAUUAGAGAGCCAAGAAAGAAAUCAAGAAUCUGGCUCGGCACUUUCUCCACGCCGGAGAUGGCGGCUCGUGCUCACGACGUGGCGGCUUUAGCCAUCAAAGGCGGCUCGGCUCACCUCAACUUCCCGGACCUCGCUUACCAUUUGCCUAGACCGGCGAGCGCCGACCCUAAAGACAUUCAAGCCGCAGCCACCGCGGCCGCCGUCGACUGGAAAGCGCCGGAGUCUCCCUCGAGCACGGUGACGUCAUCGAUGACGUCAUCUCCCGUCGCCGACGACGCUUUCUCCGACCUCCCUGAUCUCUUGCUCGACGUGAAUGAUCACAAGCUCGAUGGGUUUUGGGACUCGUUUCCGUACGAGGAACCAUUCUUCUCGGAAAAUUAUUAG